AUGAAAAGAAAGGAAAGAGAGGACGUGGUGGAUGAUAUCAUCCGUGAUGAAGAAGAAUAUACAGAGGAAGAGUUAAAGAUAAUUUAUCGACAAGAUAUAUGUUAUCGAUCAAGAUUUAAACAACUACAACAACAAACAACAACAAAUAAUAAUAAUGAUACACUGAAACUAUAUCAUUGUAGAUAUUUAGAUGAUUCAUGUGUUGGUGUUGGUGGUAUAGCAGUGCUGCCAUGGUUUAUUAUCGAGAGAAUAUUGACAUUGGCAUCUGACAAUGCAAAUUUUUGUACGUGUGUAUACGAUGAUGCUCUACGAGAUGCUCUAGAACAAUUAGAUCAUAAACAAUACAAACCAAAUACAAUCGAUACCAGAGGACUUGCACACUUACAAAUGCAACCACAAAUAGAACAACAUUCACUCGGUCGACAAGAUAUGUGUCCCAUUCACCAAUACAACUACGAUAUGGGUUACCGACCACCACCCAAUCUUUAUAUAAGAAAUUCAAGAAAUGAUAACCCCAAUAUUAGCAUACAUGUCGAUAUUGAUAAACGAUGGAAGCGACAGUCAUUGGCACUGAAAUACUGUGUCAUCAAGAAUCCAACCACUCUUUACUUGGUCAAACCCUUUCAUUAUUCAUAUCACAAACCAUUUUAUGUUGACAAUGAAGCAUUGAAACAACAUAUACAUUUUGGUGGACGUUGGACAGAUACAAUAUCAUUGGUACCUGCAAGUGUCGAUAAACUUACUUUUGACAACUUCCCUCUAUACAGGAGUUUACCCAAUUAUUUUCCACACAUCAGAAUAGUCAGAUUUAAACGUUAUAGAACCGAUCCUAAACACCAAUUUACAGUUACUAGUUGUUAUAAUGGUUUCAAUUUUAAUCUAACCAACAUCAACAAAAUUAUUAUACAUUCACCAUAUGAUAUUUUACAAAGUUAUGUUGAUCUGUACAACAAAAUAGGAUAUCAAUUUAUCGGUUCUUCAACAAUGAUAGAUAAUAAUAAUAAUAAUUAUAAUAGUAAUAGUAUUUCAACAACAAAUAAUAAUCAACCAUUUGAAAAAAGAUUACCAAAUUAUGUUAUGCGUAAUAUUAUAUCGAUGGUUUGGAAUCUAAGAGAUAGAUGUACAUGUAUUUAUGAAGAGAGUUUUAUGAAAAGAUUGGAACAACCUGGAUUGGAAUUUUUAAACGAUAAGGAAUUUGUUCAACACUAUCACUCUAUCAAAAAUGAAUGUGCUGUUCAUUUUUCAACAACUAAACUAUUUACACCUCAACACCAUACAAUAGCAGAAUCAACAAGAUCAAAACUACAACUAGCACUCAUAUCUAAAGAUAUUUUCAGAUUUGUAUCUAAUCAUUUAUUCAACAAUAUUAUCUUUCUCAACAACAACGAUUUUUAUUUUCUUGAUUAUAAUAAUAGGUAUCGUAUGCAUCGAAACAAUCCAAAUUGUGUAUUUAAAACCAUUCGAUCACUUGUCAUUCACACCCCUAAAAUUAAUUAUGGUUUUGAAUAUAGUGAAGAGGAUUAUCAAACAAUUACAACAAUCAAGUAUCAAAGGAUAUCAAUGAUACCACCAUCUCUUGAAUUGUUCUCAUGUUUGACCAAAUUAGAUAUUAGAGAUUGUCCGAUUCAAUACGAUGCCCUCAUGUUUCUUGAUCUAGCAGAAACAUUAACAGGAAAAUCGAUCACCAAACUCUACUUUCCAUCAAGAUGCGUCAGUGCCUAUUCGAUACUCUCUCAAGAUAUCAAGCUCUCUCUACGAUGCAUCGUAACCAAUCUCACACAAGAUGUCAACUUGGACGAGUUUCCAAAUUUGGUUGCAUUGGUUGUACUCGAUUGUAGCUCAACUACUAUUGGUCAAACAUUAAAACUACCACCUAAAAUCAAAAAGAUUACAACAGAUAAAAAAGCAAUAUUAAUUCUCAAUCUAACAACAAUAUCCACACUCAAGAUAUUAUACAACAAAUGGGAUUGUCUUGAAAUUCUACCUAUAUUAAACCAAUUAUCAACUGCCAACCAAAUCACAAAAGUUAUCAUUCAAAUCAAAUCGAUUCAACCAUUAUUGGAUAUUUCCCAAACUAGUUUCCAACUCGAUGGUAGUGUCUCCAAACAAAUAUGUUCAGAGGGCAAUGUUAAACAAGCCAAUAAUCUAAUCUAUCGUAGAAAACCAUUGUUGCAAGCAUAUAUCGAUAUUGUUGUGGUUCCCUCCCAACAACAACAAAAAGAACAACAACAACAUAUCCCUUUAUCAACACCAAAGUCAAAUGAGGAAAUUGUUAAACAACAAACCCAGACCAUUAAUAAUAAUAAUAUCAACCAACAAUCAAGUGAUAAUAAUAAUGUCACAGAUAAUAAUAAUAAUGGAUCAACAACAACAAAAAAACAAACAUUACAACCUUUUAAUAAUAAUAAUAAUAAUAAUAAUACUAAUAAUAAUGCCAUUUCACGACAAUCGCAACCAAAUAAUCAACAACUUGUACACACUCCAAAUCAAUACCAACAACAAUUUUACUUGCCUCAACAAAGCAGAUCACAACAUCAACAACUUGUACAUGCUCCAAACAGCCAACCCUUUUUAGUUUAUCCUCAAUCACAACAAUAUCAACAUCAGCAACAACCAAUGACUGGGCCUUCGAUCAUUCAACCAAAUCAACAAAGCAUAAAACAACAACAGCAACAACAAUCCCAAUAUCAAAGCAUAGUACAACCUCUACCAUUACAACCACAACUUGUACACGCUCCAAAUGGCCAAACUUUUUUAGUUUAUCCACAACAACAAGAACAAGCAACGAUGAUUUUACCCUAUUAUCAACAACAACAAUUUGGCACACCCCAACAAAGCAUAGUACAACCUCAACAACACCAAUCGUUACCCUUAAGUGAUCAAAUCUCAGGUCAACUCCAUCAACAACAGCUGCAACAACAACAACAAACCCUAAUUGGAGGAAUUGGUCAACCUCACCAGCAACAAAUGAUCGAUUUACCGACAACAAAUUAUCAAUACCAACAUACAAAUCAGCAACCCGUAUGGUUAAACAACGCCGGUAUUGUAAUGGGUCAGCAACAAGAACAUUAUCAAUAUCAACAACAACAAGUGCAUCAAAACCAGCAAUCAAACUAUAACAACUAUGAAAUUCAAAAUACCUCAUUUACAAAUAAUAAUAAUAAUAAUUACAAUUAUUCCAAUGACAAUCAAUUUGUAUCAACCAUACCUACCACCACCACCACAACUACUUUAAACAACGCGAAUAACUAUAUUGUAAACGACCACAACAUAACAGGAAAUACAUAUACAACAACAACAACUGCACAACAACAUCCUCAAAUGAUGUUACAACAACAACAACCAUUCAUUUGGGUCGAAUCUUACAAUCUAAAUAAUCAAUAA